AUGAGUUUGCCAGUUACCCCAAACAAAACCGACUACAAUUCUUCAUCUGCCAUACAUUCAAUACUGAGGUCCCCACAUUGUCGUUCACAAUCUCAUUUACAACCUCAAUUAAGUCCAUGUUCAAUUGAAAAGACCUCGCCUCAAUCCCAGGUGCGAUUUUCAAUACCGCAGCAAGACGAUGUCUGUAAGGAUGAUGCUUCAAUUCAGCAGUCUCCGACGAGAAUUGUAUUUCCGAACAGUUCGUCAGCAGAGCUCAAUAAUCAUGGUCACCUCGUAGACAUGCAUUCAAGGAUUAUGUUAGAUGUGCCCGAAAACAUCUGGACUUUUCAUACAAAAAAUAAGUCACAUAGUCGUCAAAAGUCCAUGCAAGAUAUUAUCGCAGACACAUUAGCGUCUGUCAAUUCAGAUCAAAAGGAUAUUCAAACUACCCCAGCGUCACAGAAAAGCACUAUAAGCCAGGUUUCUCCUUUGAAUCUCCGACCCCAAUCGCAAUUGUACUUAGCUCAGCACUCGCCUUUAAAUUCUUACAAGGUUCCCGUGCCUUUGGAGAUAUCCUUACCUCCAUAUCUAUCACCAAAGAAUAAACAAAAAAAAAGAUCGAGCCUCAUUUUUGAUGGAGACGGAUAUAGUGAAUAUCAUGGUCACGACUCAAUAUUACAUCUGGAUUCAAAAAAUGUAUCUGAAACGAGUGUCAGUGAAAUUUCAAACAAUUCUGAAUUAUCAUUGACUUCUAUCCCAUCCGCCGAACACGAUCUUUCAUUAAACAUGACAGAUUGUGAUUUUGGCGAAACACUUGGGAUCGAUGAGGAUGCAAACGUCAACUUAAAACUGCAAACUAGAAAUUUAAAGAGAAAUCAAACCAUACACAAUCCGCAGGAAAACAACAGCUCGUUACAAAUACUGGCAUCACCUUCGAAGUUGAUACAAAUUCCUGACCUGAGCCUCGAAUAUGUGCCCAAAAACUUGGGUAGAUCAUCGAACUUGUACAAUGAAAGCAAUCUUCAUCAUGAUAUAUUAAGGGAUGAUACCUUGAGCCCAGGAAAAGAGAGGGGCAAGCUGGACCAAGAGUUUGUAUUCCCCAAAGGUAAUCAAACACAGGGAAAUGAAGAUUUUCUGAAAGUCGACUCUUCUCCAACAUCACGGCAGUUUGAAAAUGUAAGAGAGGAGCGUUUCCUGCAAAGCUUGUCUUGCGAGAAAGGCAAAGGUCAUAGUCACAGAAGGAGCAGAAGUAUUCAUCAAGUAGAAGAUUUUUUUACGAGCACAUCAACACCACCAAAGAUUCCAGAGCGCUCAUCUCUGAGAUCUCAUUCACCUGCUUCAAAUCUUUCAAGUCCAAAAGUGUCAUCUCCCAUGAGCCCUCAAAUUGAAAGAGCUUUUAAUCCAUCCAAAUCAGAUAUUUCUCCUAGCAGCUCAAAAGACAGCUCAUCAAUAUAUGAGGAUAAUGGAAAUGCUAAAAAAGAGCAGAAAAUAGAUACCCCUCAAUCAAUUGUGGGGUCAAGUAAAAAAGUCACUCCUCAAGAAAGCAUUUUUGACAGGCAUGAAAGUAAGCAGGAAGAAGUAGUAGAUGAAUCCGAUGUUAGCCUGGAGAUAAUAUCGGAACAUUUAAAUCUUGAGAGCGAAAAGAAGCCCGUCAAAAUAGAGGGCAUCAAGAGCGAAAUCAAUGGACUGAAAAUUGAACCACUUUCAGUAAUUAAUUCAUUCAAUGGCCCUUCAGCGUCUUUCAACUUUGAAGAUGUGACAUCAACAGUUGAAUUCACAAAUAAAGAAUACAUCAAUCUUCUGUCACCGAGAAGGAGUUUAUCGAAUGUCGGCAGUGACUUCUCACGUAAUUCACAGUUUUCUAAGAGGACGGAACAAAGUAAUGCUACUUCACAACCUCAAGACUCUUUCGGUAAAGUCCCGCUGAAAAAUAAUGCCGGACCUUACAGAUCAAACUUAAGCGGGCCAGAUAAUCUCCGUAGUGUUUACGAAGUGAGGGACGGAAACAUUACCGAGGUGCUUGUGAUUGAUGACGAAUUUGAAAGCUGCUCGCAGUCAGUCAGCAAGCUUGAUCCGAACUACAGGAAGAGAUCAGAGAAACAUGCAAAUAUCCCACUUGAGUGUUCCAGAAUCUUACAGUUGUGUGAGGAUGCAGCUAAUCAAGCUAAGAAUGUAAUUAUAGAACUGAUAGAGGAGGACUGCAAAAAUCCCAACGGGAGAAAAAUUAUACCAAAACAGUGGGAUAACACAUCGGCAAGAAAAGCUACUAAGCAAUUUCCCAUGCAAAGUGGAAGCGCGUUGCAGACCUCAUUGAGACUCCGAAAUAAAAAUGAAUCAUAUCUUUCAAGACUGGAUAGAGCGAUGAAAGUGCAACCUCUAUAUGAGCCGUAA